AUUUAACGUCGUUUUUAGAUGUUUUUUUGAUAUUUUAAAACAUUGUGCCUUCCAAUAUUAAAUGAAACAUGAACAAAGGUGUGGCCGACAAGGGUUCUCGUGCGAGAAGUGAAAAAAAAAAACCACAGGAUCUUCUCUCCUUCACAGCCUCUUUAAACGUUAAUAUCCUUCAUUAAGCCGUUAUUAAACCGUUUAAACCGUUUAUUAAACCGUCAAUUAAGGCGUUAAAAUCCAUCAAGCCCAUCAAGCCGCCUAUUAAGCAUAAGUCGGAUUUGAAGACGCUAAAUAAAGGAUAACGGUCGCUGUUGUCUGUUUAAUAACUCAUAGCCAAAAUUAGGACGGAUUGGCACAGAGCAUCGGGGGUCGGGCGGCCCUGUUAAAAUCCCAUCCAUAUAAUGACAUCAGGAAAACCAAUUAACAAAAACAUAGCGAAACUUAACGCUUGUUGUCAAGCGAAAAACACUUGUAAGGAUCAGAGGGUCAGGGGAUUCUUUAGACUCGCUGUCUGCAAGACGAUAUUUUACCUACGACCUUUUUCGGUAAAGAAAACCUUUUCUUCUCCUAUUACGACACAACAAAAUGGAGCAAAACAGGGUAAGCAUCUAGUGGAAUUUUCAACGAAAAAUUGAUUUGGGUUCCAGUGGAGGUUAAAAUAGCUACGAGAGCAAACAUGAGUCAUGUAGGAUACGCUCGGUAGUUGUUCACGGUUUGUUUAGAGUUGGAUGUCGACGUUAAAUAACAAGGUAUCAUUGAGUGCGUCGGGACUUUCUCGACAGAGCGAGAAAUCGUACAAGGCACUGACUAAGAAAUCGAACGCGGACCUGAGCAAAACACUACAGCAACUGGAUGUAGAACAGAAGGCAAGCAUAGCGAGGAUCAUACACGAAGAAUACGCUUUGAAAAAUGUUCACCACGCGCUCAAAAAGGCGGGAUUAUUCACGAAGCCAAAGCUCGAAGAUCCAAUUGUGCUUGAUAGCGAAGAAGACGAGGUGGCAAAGGAGUCUGGAAUAACACUAGAAACAGAUUUGCUGGACUUGAAUGCGAUUACCGAAGAAUUAAGCUUGAAUGAAAAUGCAAAAAUAGCAGAAAGUCACACGGAGAAAAUAAAAUUUCAAGUAAACGAACCGUUUACUUGUCAUUUACCGAUUAUCAUUGAGGAGACACAACGCAGACCGAAACGACAGAAAAACAUUCCGAGUUCUUCACGAGGGCCAAGCUACACACUUCCGCCACUCACUCGGCUCGACCCGUCACUCGCGAGGGUUCGCCGAAGUUUCGACGAAAGAAGUACUGGCAGUUCCCAGAGCUCGGGCCGCCUUCGACACACGGGGGAGAAUACGAACUAUGCAGUAGAUAGCUACAGUCGGCACGGAGUGAACACGAAGCGAAAGUCGUACAUGGACCCAAUACGACAACCCAGACGAAACAGUAUCGACAGUAGCCGACUGCGUCCCGAUGGCCGCGGAACUGACGAAGCUAAUCCGAAUAAGCCUCCGCAAGCAUGGGCUGUCGGAUUCGCGCAUUGUCGGUAUCUUCGUCGAUCUGUUUCAUCCCCGGAUGUACUUGCUGGACGACCACCGCCCAAAGACUGACCUAUCCUACCCCUCUCCUCGCAUGAACAAAACUAGGACUGACCGCGACCCCCACAAGAAAAGGCAAGAAGGAAACAGGAUCGCGUUAUUACUUCCAUACUUAUGUCAUGCCUGUGUACCAUUGUACCACGAAAUCAAUUCUAAUGAUCACUCAUGUCGAGGAAUUGUCACUCAAUUGUAUCGGUCCUGUGACAUCAUGUUCACGUGACGGCAAAAUACCAUUUCCAGUAAGACGUUCCUCGUCACGGGGUAAUAUCUGUUUUAUUCACAAGUUAAAAGACGGAGAAAGUACAACAUCGAUAACAACGAAAGUACGAGCAUCUAAAAGCAUAAAGUUUCGUCUACAAAGUUAUCAGAAAAAGACUAAAGCGAUGCAGCAGGCCACAGCCAGCGGGGCAAAGAAAUACUUCAAUGCACAUCAGGACAUUAAGGAAUACUCCUAGUUCGUGCCAAUCAAAACGCUUGCGACUUGGCCAACUUUCCUAAGACUUUGCCUUGUUGACCACGAACGGUAGCGCAAUAUAACGCUUUUAGUAAGCGAUAGACGACUGUAUUAUGGGAUGGUGUAUUAUAGCCAAAACCCUGUUUAGC